GUGCUGGCGCGGGCUUGCAGCCCAGGUCCUGGCGGUUUUGGUGCCCCAAGCCGGGAGCGCGGAGUCGUUCCCGGAGUGGCGGCCAGGCUAUGAUCGCGGGUCCCCGGCGUCCCGCUCCGGUCACUCAGAGUCCCUGUCUCCGCUUGUGCCCGUACCCGAGCGGUCUCCUCAGCCCGGCCCCGCGGCGCGGUUGUCGGCGGCGCCCCCGGCGCGCCCCCUCUUCCCGAUGGCGGCGGAGAUCCAGCCCAAGCCGCUGACCCGCAAGCCCAUCCUGCUGCAGCGGGUCGAGGGGUCCCAGGAGGUGGUGAAUAUGGCAGUGAUCGUGCCCAAGGAGGAGGGCGUCAUCAGCGUCUCGGAGGACAGGACUGUUCGUGUAUGGCUAAAGAGAGACAGUGGACAGUAUUGGCCAAGCAUAUAUCAAGUGAUGCCUGCUCCAUGUUCAUGCAUGUCUUUUAACCCGGAAACAAGAAGACUGUCCAUAGGUCUAGACAAUGGUACAAUCUCAGAGUUUAUUUUAUCAGAAGAUUAUAACAAGAUGACUCCUGUGAAAAACUAUCAAGCGCAUCAGAGCAGAGUGACGAUGAUCCUGUUUGUCCUGGAGCUGGAGUGGGUGCUGAGCACAGGGCAGGACAAGCAGUUUGCCUGGCACUGCUCGGAGAGUGGGCAACGCCUGGGAGGUUACCGUACCAGUGCCGUGGCCUCGGGCCUGCAAUUUGAUGUUGAAACCCGGCAUGUGUUUAUUGGUGACCAAUCAGGCCAAGUAACCAUCCUCAAACUGGAGCAAGACAACUGCACCCUGGUCACAACAUUCAGAGGACACACAGGUGGGGUGACUGCUCUCUGUUGGGACCCUGUCCAGCGAGUGUUGUUCUCUGGCAGCUCAGAUCACUCUGUCAUCAUGUGGGACAUCGGUGGGAGAAAAGGAACGGCCAUCGAGCUCCAAGGACACAAUGACAAAGUCCAGGCCCUUUCUUAUGCGCAGCACACACGGCAGCUCAUCUCCUGCGGUGGUGAUGGUGGGAUCGUGGUCUGGAACAUGGACGUGGAGCGGCAGGAGACCCCUGAAUGGUUGGACAGCGAUUCCUGCCAAAAGUGUGAUCAGCCUUUCUUCUGGAACUUCAAGCAGAUGUGGGACAGUAAGAAGAUUGGCCUAAGACAGCACCACUGCCGCAAGUGUGGGAAGGCUGUCUGCGGCAAGUGCAGCUCCAAGCGCUCCUCCAUCCCUCUGAUGGGCUUCGAGUUUGAAGUGAGAGUCUGUGACAGUUGCCACGAGGCCAUCACCGACGAAGAACGCGCACCCACAGCGACCUUCCACGACAGCAAACAUAACAUCGUGCAUGUGCAUUUUGAUGCCACCAGAGGAUGGUUACUGACUUCUGGAACUGACAAGGUUAUUAAGUUAUGGGAUAUGACCCCAGUCGUGUCUUGAUGACACUCCAGUAUCAGAAAGAUAGUAUUUACUCAAGAAGCAGUCAUUGGAAUCCGCAUCAUUACUGAAGCUGUCAGCAGACACGUGAGAGUCUGAGAGAAACUCGCGAGCCGGGCUGAGUUGGCAUGGGACCUAGUGAGUGGACACUGGCGAGGGGACUCUUUCAACCAGUUCAUACAAUAGAAAAGAAGAUAUUUUUUUAACAAAUGGUUUAUACACUCUGGCCGUGCUGCAUUGUUCUGAGCAUACUGAAAACUCUGUGUGGGGUCUUUACUUGGUGUGUGUUUCUCACUUCCUUUUCAUUGUCACUUCGUGUGUUGGAGAGAUGAGGGAGGCAUCUGUUAGGGAUAUUUUUGGUCGUUAUAAAGUCGUUUCCAUGUUUCCUUCACUUGGGCACAUAUUCUGUGUUCGGCGUCCUUUUCCUCUCUCUGUGUCACCUCCCCUCCUCUUCAUGUCCGCCUGUGUACGUGUUUCUCUUUACACUCUGGAUUCUCAGUGUUUGUGCUUUCACAGACCUCCUCUUCGGCUGAGAGACUCAGGAAACCAUUCGUGUGGGUUUUCCGACUGACUUCUUGAAUCACCCAAAGAGUAGUCCGUUUGGAAGGUCUAACUCAUUCCUGUUCAGGCUGAGUAGACGCGACCUUGUGCUUCUGCCUCUAGUUUUCUGUCUUUGCUGUGAGAAAGCUGCUCCCGACCCCUGUCCUCACAGAAGCAGAUGAUUGUAGCUCGGAGCUCCAACUCACAGUGCCUGGAUCAUUUCUCCUUCCGUUGGAGCCUUCUGAGCCUUUUAUGUUUUCAUGUGAUUCGCGUAGCUCUUCCUCACGGUGUUCAAAACAAAUCCAACAAAACAAAAAAAUGCAAACCCCAUGUCCUUCAGAAAAAAGCGUCUUUAACAUGUGUCUGUCCACGUGACAUCACCUCUGAAUUUGAAUGUGCUCCUUCCUGCGAGAGUAUAUCCUGCUCUACUCCUCACCAUCUGUAUUUUCUUCCCCUUGAAAAACUAGAUAUUUAAAGAUUUUUAUCUUUGCGUAUUUUAGCAGAACACUUUGCACACUUCCAUCCUAAAACUCUGUGAUCUGAGACAUAAAAGGUACCGAGUCCCACAUCGUACUGGCUUCCGGGAGGGGUUUGUUAAAAAGAAAGAAAAGAAAAAAGAGGGCUUUAGAAAAUGAACCCGAAGAAUUCUGAUUUUAAGGGAAUCCAGUCAAACUUGAUAAAGUGAAAUAUUCUUGUGCGUAGUGACUCAACUCAGAAUGUUGAAGUCCUUUUUAGAAAUCUUACUCUCAACUGUUUGCAGCAGGUAUGUGCCAUGAGCCUGCCCCAUUGUGUGCAUUUUACACAUCCCACCUCAUUCACCCUCUCCUGUUAGGGGACCCCCGAGUCUCUUGAGGAUCACCAAGUUCAAUUAAGCCUUGCAGAGAAACAGGCCAGUUACUUGCCCUUCGCUAUCCAAGCUGUCCGCAUUAUCUUGUUCACUUCUGAUUUGAUAGGUUUUUGGCAGUGGUGUUGAAAUGCUUCCAAUUUCUUUCUCUCUUUUUUGUUUUUGGAAACCUGUUUUUUCUCCCCCCUCAUGGUUAUUAAUUACUUUUUUUUCCAACCGGAAAAAGUACUGCCCACCAUACUUCUGUCCUCUGACCCGUGUGCUCCCAGGGCUGGGGCUUCCUAGAGAUGGCUCUGUUGCUACACCCUGGGGAGUACAGUGGGUGUGCCCCGUGCGGCCCUGGUGCAGGGCAGCCUGUGUGUCACCUGAGCCAUCAGACCAGCUCAGGUGACCACAGUCUAAGGUUGGAUGCGCGUGUGUACUUACUCAGGCAUGGAAGCCAUUACCACUUGUCACUUCGCUGUCGCCUACUCCCCCUGCUUGCCAUCAGUCAAAGCUGUUAGAACUAAGCUGAGUCUUGUCUGCAUGAUUGUGAGAGAGCUUUAAAAAGGGAAUGAAAUUUAAAAUACUGAAAUACCUAUUUCAUAGCUCACUGGUGGAACUUGGGAGCCACGUGCCAAGUUGUACAUAACAGAGAACCGUGUGUGGGAAACGAGUAAUGGAAAUGAAUUGCUCCCUUUUCCCUUUCCGAAGUUCGGAGUGUGGCCUGUAUACGGAGAGGGAGACCGCGUCAGGUAGACAGUGGAGCAGUGCCCAGCCAGCCCGAUGUGGAUCUGACUUAGGUCUGGAGGAGCUCACACACCCCACUGGGGCAGCUGAUUGUCCCUGCUGGUCACGCAUGUCCACCACGGUUGCUCUGGGCUGGACCCUGCCCUUCACUACAGCCCUCUCCCCCUCCCCAGUCCUGCCCCCACAGCGCUGCUCCAAGGCUGAAACCACUUGACACCUCAUUAGUGAUGAGAGUCACGGUCAGAAACCACAGAGACAUCAUAGUAUCCCCUGCUCUGCCCUUUUCUUUCUCCUUAUCUGUGUGGGUGCUUGACUUUGUUAAGAAGUACUUAGCAAAGUAGUGGUGUGUGUGUUUAUGAUACUGUGCAUUCUUGAGUUUUAUGAGGAAUGUCGCCACCAUUUUUUGUAACUCACGGAGAGAGAAGUGCUGGUGUUGCAUGUCUUCCCCGCAUCGUAUGGAGUGGAGGCUUCGCUUGCUGGGAGUGAAAGCUGGAACCAGCUCUUGGCUUUUCUCCUGGCUGGGUUCACGGUCAUAGUUCUUGUUUUGCCCUCUUGCAGUUGCACUUUACAUAUAUUUUUGCUCUGUUACUUCAGUGGCUCUGGCAAGUAAUGCCUAACAUUGGCCAUGUUGGGAAAGUGGCCGGGCUGCCCAUCUCAUGCGCAGACUUGCUCUGCAUUCCGUAGGAUAAAACUGAUCACAGGCUUUCAGUUUCUCCAAAGAAAUGAUGUUACUGGAAACUUUCACGGCCUGGGUUUGUGUCCGCAGUAGCUAAGGUGGUUUUAGAUUAAGUACUUGGAAUUGCAUGUCUUUUUAUAUGAGAUCAGUCAAUGAUGUUUUUCUCAUUUGAUGGUUUCAAUUAUUCAAGGAAUCAUAGAAUCACAAAACUGGAAGGGAUCUUCGGAGAUCUAGAAUGUUCCAAGCAGAAAACAUUUGGUCAUCCCAGGCCGUCAGAUAUAGCUGAGGUGUCAACAGGAGAAUCUAAAAGAUUUAAAGAAUUUUCCAGGAACACAUGGUUUUGGACAUUAACUACUAAUGGCAUGACUAGGACGAGUGUCCUCUAGGCGGUUCUCAGGAAUCAGGCCUGAUCCUCUUACAGGGGAAUCUGACACUUCUUUUGGCCCCAGCCCUGUUUCUGAAGGGGUGGGUACUAUGCAAUGAUGCAAUUCUUGCAGCUCCUGAUCAGCAUAAACUCCUUCCUAAACUCUUCCUCGUGGAACGCCCCCGCCCCCGC